CAGAGCGAUGUGGAAGCAAAAGCCCCUCUCAUCAACCCACUGGCAUUCCACACCUAUGACUGGGUGCCAGGCCCAAAGGGUCAGAUAGUCUUCAUGGGAACGUCUUCCAACUGGUCAUUUGGCAGACGAGUCCUCACAAUGACACAUGAGCGCCUCACAGGAACUCCACUACCCAUCCAAAACCUCCAUUUUGGUGGACUUGACGGCAAAGUCUAUGAUCUCAAAUGGGACGGUAACAGGAGAGCCUCUCCUAACGACACUCUUGACCCAUCAAUUCUCCCAGCACAGGACUUUGCCCUCUAUCUCAUCAACUCAGUCAAGUUUCAUUGCGGGUGGCUCUUUAACCUGUUCGAAGAGGAGCGCUUCAUGGAACACUUUCGUCAGUUCCACGAGCACCCUUCAGAGUAUCCUCGUAUUGCGCCGCUCUGGUAUGUGCACUACCUUCUCGUUCUCGCCCUUGGCAAAGCCUUUGUUGUUCAGUCGACAAAAUCGAGGCGGCCACCAGGAGGAGAACUAUUCGUGCAUGCCAUGAAACUUAUGCCGGAUUUCACCUUUUUCGAAGCCGACCCUGUGGAGCAGAUGCAAGUUUUGUGCUGUGCUGCACUGUAUCUGCAAUGCGUAGACUAUCCUUGCCAAGCCUACCGCCUUUCUCAUUCCCUUGACGACAACUAUGUGCAGAGAUGUCGUACCAUCUGGUGGACCGUCUACAUCCUUGAGCGCCGGAUGGUUUCUCAAAUGGGGGUUCCUAUCGGAAUAUCAGACGAGACUAUCAGCACACGGUUUCCUACCUUUCCAGGACAGCCUGAAAAGUUGGAGGCUUUGAAAAUUCAAGUCAAUUUUUGCCGAGUGCUAGCAAAGAUAGACCAGACUGUCUACGGACUUGAGGGGAAGCUCGACAAUCCUUCGAGAUCCAUGCGAACGAAGGAAUGGCUGGGGUUUCUCGCACAUCUGCACAUUUACACCUGCUUCAACAUCAAACUUGGGCAUCUAGAAGUGGCCUUGAUGCACUGGCUUCAGUCAGAGAGUGUCAAGGGCCUAGUGCAGAUGUGCACCGAAUCUGCCCAGCAGAUUCUAAGGAUACUUGCAAGCCUCUCAGAUCAGGGGCUGCUAGAGACAUUUCUACCCUUUGAUCUUGACGCAACCUUUACUGCCACCAUUGUCUUGUUGAUGGCCGCUGCUAUCGACUCAUCUCUUCUCCAAGAUCACACUCCUUGGUCACAACGCGCCUACGCCAUCUUUGACGAGAUGAACCGCCGUGGAAACCUUGUGGCAGAAAUGUUUGCAUCAGAACUCAAACAGCUAGAAAGUCUAUUGAGCAAAUUCUUGGUGAAAGACCAUGAGCCUAGGCUUGUGCCAUCGAUCAACAGCCACAACACACCACGACAAGAUCAUGUCGAUGGCAUGGACACUUCGACGGUGACUGUUGCUGAGUACCCGGAACCGUUCAGUCUUGAGACGACCGAAGACUUUGGCUUAGGCUUGAGUUACGAGCUCAGUGCCGAGCAACUCAUGAAUGUUGCGGAUUCCCUGGAUAUUGACAGCCUAACGUGGCCGUGGCCUGAUGAGGGUGUGGCCGACAGUGGGAGUCCUGGUGCUUGA